GCCGUGGGGCCUAUGUUUAGAGGAACUUGUAUCUUACAACUGCCGCAGAGGGACUCUCCGAUCUUUACUUAUAUAAAGAUGCCAGCGGGAGCUCUUAUCUUUAAUUUGGUUGUGCCACCAAAAUUGCAUUAAUUUCGUGCCCUAAAGACUACGACAAAACAAACUUCUCUAUAGCAGAGAAAGAAAGCAAAUUAUGAGCAAUAUUCAUUUAAUCGACGUAGAAGACCCUCCUCAUGUUCCAUUGGUAGAUUCAAUGGGAAAGGAUUUGCGAAGCUUGUCUCCUUUAUCCACUGAAUGUGUUAUUUAUAAAGUUCCUGAGCGACUACGCCGCGUCAAGAAAAGUGCCUACACACCGAAGGUAGUCUCCAUUGGCCCGCUUCAUCAUGGUGGUGAUCAAGCCUUGAAAGCCAUGGAAGAACAUAAAUUGAGGUACCUCGGAGAUUUUAUUCGACGGACAGGCAAAAGCUUGGAGUUUUUUUUUGACUUUGUAAGCAAGAAGGAAGCAAAACUUCGUGGUUGUUACGCAGAAACCAUGCAGUUUAGCAUUGACGAAUUUGUCAAAAUCAUUCUAGUGGAUGCUGCCUUCGUCGUUGAGGUCUUACUCAAGUCGUCUAACCAUAAACUGCAAGAUGAAAACGACCGCAUAUUUAAGAAACCGUGGCUGAUACAGGACGUGUGGACCGACAUGCUUCUGCUUGAAAAUCAGCUUCCAUUCUUCAUUCUUGAGGAUCUUUUCGAAAAAUACAGCGGAGAAGUCCUAUCGGAAAAUCCGACACUCAGUAGGCUUACAGAACACUUCUUCAAAUUUAGAAUGGAAUCGCCGGGAAUAGAAGACAGAUGGGAAGAGAUCUGUUUUGGUGAUUUCAAAAUUAAACAUUUUGCUGAUCUCCUACGACACGUGCAAUUAAAGCCUGUUAAGGAGCGUAGUGAAAGUGAUCAAAUGAAACUGAAAAAAAUAACCAUGCCCAGUGUGACAGAGCUACACGAGGCUGGAGUCAGGUUUCAGGGGUCGAGGAGCAAAAAUCUGUUUGACAUAAAAUUCGAUAAAAAGAAAGGGAUACUGAAAAUCCCAAGUUUUAUUUUAAGUGUUGAAACAGAACUCACAAUCCGAAAUUCCCUCGCCUUUGAGCAAUGCCAUUACAGUGAGAACCACAUAAAUGAUUAUGUUAUCAUACUGAAUCGGCUUGUUGAAGCUCGCAAGGAUAUAGACUUGCUGGUGAAGUAUGGAAUUGUUGAGAAUAGGCUUAGCAACAGCCGAGAAGGGUCGGUUCUUGUUAACAAGCUUGCGGAGGGGGCUAUUUUGGAGCAGAAUAACUUCUACUUUGCUGGUCUUUCUGAAGAGUUGAACGCUUACUACAACACCUCGUGGCACAAGUGGAAGGCAAACUUGAAACAGAGAUAUUUCAGAACGCCAUGGGCCGGCAUUUCACUUUUGGCAGCUGUUUUUCUGCUUAUACUCACUAUCAUACAAACGGUGUGUUCUGUUAUCUCGCUGGCUCCACUUCUUCCUUCUAAGUAGCUAGUACUUCAAAUGGAAAGUUUCACCACUACCUCGCAGUUAUUUCAACUAUAUUUGUUGUGUUUAUACCUGUGUAGGUUAAGAUACUCUCAUGCAUGGCCUUCUAGUUCUGUCAAGAACUAGUUUUCUUCUGUAUGUACUAAAGCUUUGAUAAGAUAUGUACACUUUGUUUUGAA